AUAAUAAUAGAAGCUUAGGUGGUUGGUUUAUCCACAACGCAAGCAUGGCGGCUGCAUCUUCUACUUCAUUCUUUGGUUCUCGUUCUAUAAUAUCUCUACCCAAAACUAGCUUCUUUAAUAAAUCUUAUAUCUCUACAUUUCAAUGGAGUUACUUGACAGUUGCUUCCCGCCAAAAUCUCAUUCUGACAUUGCUAAAAGCUGAAGCUUCGGCCAAUGGAGAAACACACUCUAUGCUUCCUCCACUCAGUAACAAUAAAUUUGCAGUAAUGGCGAAGAAACCCAGUAUUAUCAUCGAAGAUAAGUCAAAUUUGAUUCAAAAAGAAGUGCACAGAACUGAUUUUCCGCAAGAUUUUGUCUUUGGCGUUGCUACUUCUGCGUAUCAGGUUGAAGGAGCGUGCAAUGAGGGUAAUAAGGGUCCUAGUAUUUGGGAUGCUUUUACACAUAUAAAAGGAAAUAUUAUUGAUGGCAGCAAUGGAGAUGUGGCAGUUGAUCAAUAUAAUCGUUACAAGGAAGAUGUACAACUUAUAUCUAUGUUGGGGUUUGAUGCAUAUCGGUUCUCAAUAUCAUGGUCCCGCAUAUACCCUGAUGGUCUUGGGACCAAGGUUAAUGAAGAAGGGAUAAAUUACUACAACAGUCUUAUAAAUGCUCUUCUAGAGAAAGGUAUACAGCCAUAUGUAACUUUGUACCACUGGGACCUUCCUUUACAUCUCGAAGAGUCAAUUGGAGGGUGGUUGAAUAAGGAUAUUGUAAAAUACUUUGCAAUCUAUGCGGAAACAUGCUUUGCAAACUUUGGGGAUAGGGUGAAGCAUUGGAUUACAUUUAACGAGCCUCUUCAAACUGCCAUUAACGGAUAUGGGAUUGGGAUAUUUGCACCUGGAAGAUGUGAAAACUCAUCGGAUCCAUAUGUGGUAUCACAUCACCAAAUCCUGGCCCAUGCUUCUGCCUCAUCAGUCUAUAAGGAGAAAUACCAGGAAAAGCAAGGUGGGCAGCUUGGCUUUGUGGUAGAUUGUGAAUGGGCCGAGCCUGCAUCAGACAGUGUUGAAGACAAAUAUGCCGCUGAACGACGUCUUGCUUUCCAGCUAGGAUGGUAUUUGGAUCCUAUAUUUUUUGGAGACUAUCCCCAAGUAAUGCAUGAAAGACUUGGAGAUAAGCUUCCUAAAUUUUCUCAAGAAGAGAGAGACUUGCUUCAGAACUCCAUAGACUUCAUUGGCUUAAAUCACUACACUACUAGAUAUAUUGCACACUCGACGGAAAAUCCUGAAGAGCAUGAAUACUAUGCAGCACAAGAGAUAGAGAGAAUUGCUGAAUGGGAAGAAGGUGGAAUGAUUGGUGAGAAGGCAGCAUCGCCAUGGCUUUAUGUAGUUCCUUGGGGAUUUAAGAAAGUUAUUGCUCACAUAGCAGAGAAGUACAACAAUCCUCCAAUUUAUGUUACUGAGAAUGGCAUGGACGAUGAAAAUAACGACUUGGCUGAGCUACAUGAGGUGCUUGAUGACAGAUUGCGAGUUACUUUCUUCAAGGGAUAUGUAGCCACUGUUGCAGAGGCAAUCAAGGAUGGCGCCAAUGUGAAAGGAUAUUUUGCUUGGUCUUUGCUGGACAACUUUGAAUGGGCACAAGGCUACACCAAGCGUUUCGGUUUAGUUUAUGUAGACUACAAGAAUGGGCUUUCUCGGCAUCCUAAAUCAUCAGCGUAUUGGUGGAUGCGGUUCUUGAAGGGCAGAAAGGGUGAGGAUGGCAAAGAAGAUUGAUUCUUAUUGGGACCUCAAUUGCAUUGCCGAUGGAGUAUCACCACAAAAGACGUUAUAGAAAGUUCACCGUUACUAUAUGUUAGUCUUACGAUUUCUGACCGUAACCAAAGCUAGAUCUCAUACCCCUCCUGAAUUGAUCUUCUUUUAGUAGGUAAUUUACCAUCUACAACUGCCAUAUGAGAGUUAACCAGUGGAAGAAUGGUACGAGUUUAUCUUACACUCGGGUGUAUUAUGUAAGACUAAUUUCUGCUCAUUUGCUCAUUUGCUCAUUUGGAACUCUCCUUACUAUAUUUUGCUCAAUUGGAUGAUUUCAAAUGAACAAUGAGCAUAAAAUAGCCUUGGGUGUACCACACCUUACAUUUGAGUGUCUAAAAUUUGUACACCUUCCAUCUUCCACCCACAUGUGGGUCGAAAUCUCGGCAGGAGUUUGAGACAGUUUGGGUAGGAUUAUACUCCAGGUGUUAUAGUGUUGUAAUUGCCAUUUAAACAAAAUUAUACUGCUACUAUUGUACUUAAUGAUUAAGCAUUAACUUCUAUGAGGCUAUUUGUACUUGAAAAAAACCUUCCUUUGUUUUUCGAAUAAAAGCUGCAAGCCCUUACUAGGUUAUAUACA